UAACGAACGGAACAAUCUGUGCACCGGGAGUGAAGUUAUACAGCUGAUUGUCAGCUUGUUUACAUUUCAUUACAUAUUUGUAAGGUUAUUUGGCUACCGAAGUUCAGUUUUCAAUCUGUUGCUGCAGUUGCAGGCAGAGCCUUACUUCCGAGUGUCGUUGAUUAUGGUGUAGACGGAGCGCUUUCUCUGAGACAGCAGGAGAGAGCGCGGGGCAGCCAUGCUGACAUUGGCCAGUAAGCUGAAGAGGGACGAGGGGGUGAAGUCUGGCCGACCUCCUGGGGGCCCCUCCGACUCCUCUCACAGGGUCUCUAUCAGGGACCGGCUGCUCAUCAAAGAAGUUGCAGAACUUGAAGCCAACCUCCCUAGUACGUGUAAAGCCAGCUUCCCUGAUGAGAACAAGCUACACCACUUUCAGCUGGCUGUCUCUCCAGAUGAAGGCUACUACCAGAGUGGAAAAUUCCAGUUUGAAAUAGACGUCCCUGAAGCCUACAACAUGGUGCCUCCCAAAGUGAAAUGCCAGACCAGAAUAUGGCACCCCAACAUCGCUGAGACAGGGGAGAUCUGUUUGAGUUUGUUGCGGGAGCACUCUAUCGACGGCACGGGCUGGGCCCCUACCAGAACGUUAAAGGAUGUAGUCUGGGGAUUGAACUCCUUGUUUACCGAUCUACUGAACUUUGAUGACCCAUUGAACAUUGACGCGGCCGAGCAUCAUCUGCGUGAUAAGGAGGAUUUCCGGAAUAAGGUUCAAGAUUACAUCAAGCGCUACACCAGGUGAUGACUGCAUCAGCUGCGCCGGCUGCCUGCACCCCCCCCCGUUUGUGACUGCGCAGCUGAACCCCGCCACCCUAAUGUCUCUUCAACCAACUAACCGCUGCCCACCGCUGACACGCCCCGACUGCAAUAAGACGUCGCUGGAGGAAAAGAAGAUGAAACCCGUUUUUACAAAGUUUGAGGAGGGACUUGUUUAUUGUCCUGAGUGGACCAGAGUAAUCAUGCGUCACAGCAGGGAUCGUCCAAUGACGGGGCCUCUCGUUGUGUCUGAGCCAAUCAGAGUGGGCGCCGGUGGCAGUGAGGACCCGGGAUUUAACCAAUCCAGUUAGCUGUUAUUUAAGAAUCGACGAAUCAAAGAGAAAGAUGAUCUGUAACAGUGUUUCUCAGUUCUAGUGCCUGCCAUGUUUGUGUUGCAAAGAAAAUGCACGCGAGCACACACACACACACACACACACACACACACACACGGAAUCCCUUCACGCACAUUGAAAAGCAAACAUACUUAACUAGCUACUCACAACACACAGCACUUGGUUGUGCACGCAAACCCACACAGAAACCCACAGCUGGAAAAACAACAUAUCUGUUAUGUCACUCAUUCCUGCCCCACCCACCCCCAUCUCAUCAGACCGCAUGUGAAUGACAAGUGCCACCGACCCAGUCAGUCCCCAUUCUAGUCAGUCCUCAUUCUAGUCAGUCAGUCCCCAUUCCAGUCAGUCAGUCCCCAUAUUGUCCAUUUCACUCUGGAAAUGUCUGCAAGACACAAACAAUAUCAGUGAUUUUUCUGUCUGAAAUGGCACCCUAAUAAGCUCAAUAGUACACUACCUUUGACAAGUGCCCUAUAUGACCUGGUCAAAAGUAGUGAGUGCAUUACAUAGGGCAGGGUUAUUCUACUCUUACCCUACGUGGGCCGAAGCCUGCUGGUUUUCUGUUCUACCUGAUAAUUAAUUUCACCCACCUGGUGUCCCAGGUCUAAAUCAGUCCUUGAUUGGAGGGUUAGAAUUUUUUUUUUAAAGCAGGGGACCUGGCUUCAAGGUCCAGAGUUCAAUAUAAGGGCCAUGGGGAAUCAUUUUAGACUAUUUUAGACACGCCCACUUCCUGUCUGUUCUGUUCACUCAUCCAGAGGGGAAACACAAUCUACCGGUGCCCCAGACGCACUGUAACACUGUCUAGAUGAAGCUCCUAGGAAAAGACUCAAGCUGUACCACAGUAUUAAGUUGUACAACCACACCUUACCCUUGACCUUAGCUGAACUCCCCUGCCCUGACCCCUGGGGAAGCCAAACAGAGGACACUCUGCCUUUGAAAGUCUCUGUCUUUCUUUCUCUUGCUCCACCCAUCUAUCCUGCUGUCUUUCCCUUGCCCCACCCCACUCAUGCGUUCUCCUCUGCCCCCAUGGAGGUAGGGGGAAUACCAGGGCGCUCUCACUCGCCGUCCUCUGUUUAGAUGUCUAAGGGAGGGCCUGUGGUCUCGCUCUCCUCUAUGUCCUCAUGUGUCUGUCCCUCUCAGUGUGUGUGUGUGUGUGUUUGAGAGGUGUGUGUGUGUGUGUGUGUGUGUGUGUGUGUGUUUGUUGCUUUGCCUGUGCUGGCUUUAUGCCUGUAUGUGUGCACAUUGGAACAUAAGAUACAGUGUCAUCACUGUAUUAAACAUUGUAUUUACGUUUGCAUGAGGCAAAGUGUAUGUGAUCAGGAGGUGGUGUAUUUUACUGUGUGCGUGCGUGCUUUCAAAUGAACAGGUGUUCAGAUUUGACUUGUUGUUAGCAUGCUCUAGUUGCUAGCCCCACACUCCUUGUUUUACUGUUCCAGCUAGCCUAGUUCCCUGUGAGGGUCUGUCCCUCACUUCAAAUCCUCCUUUUUUUUCUCAGAUUGUAUAUCAGUUUUUUAAGAUAUAUUAAAGAGGAUAUAAUAAG